GGGAUGAGGCCAUUUACCCCUCCCCCCUCCCAGUGGCAGAGCCCCAAAUAUUUUCUUGGCCCUGCAAACCUGGUAUGUGGGCCCUAGUCAUUCUGCCCUCUCAGUUUUCUUCUCCCAAUCCCCACCAAAGUGAUUCUAGCUCAGGAUCCAAAACUGGAUGAGGUGGGCAUUGGUGCCAGGUCCUGGGGCAGGCACCUGGGAGGUUCUCAAUCCUCCAGGUCUGUCUUCUCUCCUCUGUGCCUGCGUCUUUCCCUCUCCCUGUGCCUGUGUCCUCUCCUUGUCUGUGCCUGCAUCCUGUCCAGUCCAUUCUUGCACCUGGUUCUUACUGUGAGAUCUCCUUUUCCCCUCCUCUGCUUGUGGCCGGGAUUGUAUCCACAUUCGUUUUGAAACAUUCAAUUUUAUUAAAAACAAUAUUUCAAACCAGCUGGGGGGGGCUUCUUUGGUUGUGUGUCGGGUACUCUAGGGGUCCUGUGAGAUUGUCUUGUGUCUGAGGAGGAUGGAUUUGGAAUCUGGUCUAUGGAGUAGAAAGCAGUCUGAGCUGUGGGAGACCAAGUCUGGAUGCUUUGAGUCUUGAAUCUCUGGGCCCUUGUCUCUAAUUGGAAUAUUUCUUGUCAGGUCUGUGGUCUCACUUUGUUGACUUUGGCCUGUGUCUAUGGUCUAUUUUGGGGUCUUUGGGAAUAUGGUUUUGUAGGGUGUUGGAGUCUGUGAUUGGGGGGGGAGAAGUGUGUUUCUGUGUGAUCUUUUGUCUUGUGUAAGAUUUGGGGAGUCUGUCUAAGUUCUUGGGGUUUGAAUGGGGGGGUUGCUGCUUUGUGAUCUUAAGAGGUUUUAAGAUCUCUUAGUAGACUUGGGACGUUUUUAGGCUAGGCUUCUGGGGACUUGAGCCUUGUCCUUUUGGGUGGACUGGCCCUGGGGGUAGGAGGGGGGAAUGGGAUAGUUAUCAUGCUAAUGGCCUCACUGGGGGACGAGGGGAAGUCCUGUAGCCUGGCUGCCUUGAAGUGCAGCCUAGGAUUAACCCCUCCCCCCCAGGGGUGGGCUGGUAGCCCUGAAAUGGUCUAGAGGGGAGUUGGGGGAAAGUGAACUGACUGUUCCCUGAAACCUGUUCACCACCCACCCAAGGUAGUGACCUUGGUGAAGGGAAGAAGAGUUAAAACCUUUUUUUUUCCCUUUCCUCUUUUGCAGCCAGAAGUAGGUGACCUUAGGACCCAUAACAUGGAAUGUUGGCAACUGGCCUGAAUCCCUAGACAGUGCCCAACAGGCAGCUAACAACAGGACAAAGCCGGCUGGCUCUGAGAUUGGGGAGGUAGGGUAUGUUUGGAGGAAGCAGGAUUUAACUUGGCCUCCUCCAGAUAUGAAAGACAGUCCCUAGGCUGGAGGAGGUGGGGAUGAAAGAGGGCUCCCUAGGGUUUGUGAAAGAGCUGGUGGGGGUAGUGGGGAGUUGAGAGCCUGCCUUCAAAGGCCUAAGCUUACAGUGUCAGGGAUUGAAAGGAGAGGCUUCCAGUUUUCUGAUGGGACUUGAGGUGGGGCUGCUUCCUAAAAGAGCUCCUUGUAGCCCUGCCCCUUCCCCCAGCCUCACCUAGGGCUAUGAUCUCUCCCCCUAAGGCAGAUGCUUUUAAAAACUGUGUCGGUGUGGUCCACCAGGGUUCUAAUGGCUUCUGCUCUGACCUGGAGCCCUGGGGUGGUUGGGGGAGGGCACAGGUCCCAUGGAGCCUGAAGUACUCUUAGGGGAGGGUGCCAGACCAGGUAGCCAGGGAUUGGUUUGGAAAGCCUUGAGCAUCAGGCAUGAACAUUGAUUCAGUAUUUCUCAACUGCCUCACAAUCCAAUUUGAGAGAUAAGACUCCCAUCACAAUACGGGACUGUGUGAGAGAGGCUUACAUUUAUGUAGUGCUUUAAUAUUUACAAAACACUUUCACAUUUUCCCAUUAAAACCCUAUGAGGCGGAUAGUGCAAGUGUUGUCUCUCCAUUGAAGAAACAAAGAGGCUCAGACAGGUAAAUGACUUUCUUCCUAAGGUCACAUGGCUAGUAACUCAAAGCUAGGUCUCCUGACCCCUUGAUGCAGUCAGAUUUCCACUACAUCAAACUGCCUUCCUCUCAGGGGUGGAGGUGGGAAAGUGUAAGAGGAGAUCAAGGUGGGGGAUCAGUGUGAACCUGGGUGGUCAAGAAUGCCUGCUGAAUGAGAUAGGACCUCGGCUGGAUCUUGGAAGACGGGAAUGAAUUUGAUAGAAUGAGAUUGGGAAGUGGAGGACUUUCCAGGAGAGGAAACAAUCAGCUGAGGCUCAGCAAAGGCAAAGUGUUUAUAAGCUCCUGGAGGGCAGUAUCUCCAGUUCCUAGCCCAAUUCCUUGCACUUAGCAUCACUUAAUAAAUGCUUGUUGAACUGGAUCUCAAAUGGCAUGGCACCUCUUACCAUACUUUUUCUGUAUUUUGAUUUACAGUUAGGUGCGUAUGGGUUAUAACCUGCUUUAGUAGGCUUCUGACUAGGCAGCCUGUCUUAUUUAAACUUGCUAGAGUUCUGCGCCCAGCUAGGCUUUUAAUAAUUUUCAUUGAAUUAAGUCACUUUAGAGACAGUGAAUAGAUUAGUUUGGCUGGGCACCUGGCUGGUAUAGGAAAGCAGUGAGAAAUCGGGCCAAUUCCCGGGAGACCUUGAAUGCUGGACUGAGGAUUCUGGUGAUGGUUGUGGAGCCAUUGCCAUUUUCUAAGAAGGGGAAAUGAUAUAAUCAAAGCUAUGCUUGAGGAGGAUUAAUCUGGCACCCCAGUGUAGGGAAGAUUGAAAGAGAAGGCCUCUUUAGGAAGCUUGCCUCAGGAUGUCUAUUGAGAUUUGUUGAAGUUAGAGACAAGUGAUUAGAUGGAGGGGAGCAAAGGAAGAAGAAGGCUCGAAGAUAACUGGCUUUGAAUAUAGAUAAAGUCAGGUGGCUUGGGUUUUUGGGGGUGGUAGGGGAGAUGAGGGAGGUGGGUUUGGGACAUCUUGACUUUGAGUAGAGGUAGUCAUCCUGUGGACUUGUCUAGCAGAUAUGUGGAGAUGCUGCCGUGAAUUGUGGGGAAAAAAGCUAGGCCUGCAGAGAUGGUCCUAAAGGACAAGAUAUUUAUUAUGCAAGAAGAUCCUGGGUUUUAUGGUCCCUAGGAAAGUACCCAAGGAUCUCUUGGGGCCCACAGAUUUUGUGUCUGUGUCUUCCUCCACCCCAGGUUAAUGAUUCUAAGAUUUAAAGGAACUUUAUCAGCUUCCGUGUCUGGCCUCUGGCUGGAGAGAUUCUGGGAGGUGGCAAGCCCCACCUAGUCCUCCCUGAGGGAGAGGGAGGUAUCUGUUCUGAUCUGCCCCUCCCUUUAGCCACCUCACCUUCCCUCCCAUUCUCUGUCCCUUAAUAAUAACUUCCCCAUGACCUUGUGACGUCCCUUGCCUUCUUUUAGUGCCUCAAUCUCCCAUCUUGGCAGGAAGAUAGAAAGGGAAAGGGGGAGAGGGACCUUCUUGAUCAAGGAACAGUCGUCAUUAGGUGGUGAGGUUUUAGUUCUAAUCAGGAUGGGGAAGGAUUAUAAGAAAGGUCAGGCUGAUUGUGUAGGGUGUUUGUGUCGGCUGUAUCUGCAUGUACCUUUCUGUCAGCUUGUGCAUGUGGGUUUCCAUGAAUCGAUGGGUCAGUGCCCGUGUAUGUGAAUGUGUGCUUUGCUCUGUGUCAUAUGCAUGUGUUUUUGUGUGUGGGUCUGUCUGGUGGUGUCUGUCUUUGUGUGUUCAAUCCCCAAGUGUUUAGUGGGCCUUUAGCACACAUGUCAUUUUACCACAGAUCCCCAAAGAGGCCCUGGGGUUCUUUUGGUUUGGGGGUUUUUUUGGGUUUUUUUUUUCCAGGAAAAGUGGUCUUGAGUUCUCCUCAAUUCCCAGGUCAGCCCCCCAGCUACUCAGGGCCAUUAGACAAAUUGUUAUUUGCAUUCACGAGUGUGGCAGGGAAAGGCCAGGAACGGCCCCAGCAAUUGUCCCUGACUGGCACUCAGGCCUUUAUGGUGGGGCUCCUGGAGCCUGCAUUUUUAGGAGCUCUGAAUCCCUAGGGGAGGCCCAAUAAGGCUCUAAAUACCAGUAAAUAAUGCCUCCUCCUUGCCUCCCACCAGUGCAGAGGUUGGGUGGGAGAAGGGGGUGGGGUUGGAGGUGGAGUUAAAAGCAAGUAAGUCCCCCACCCAAUGAACCUCUACCCCUGCCCCAGCCAAAGGAUACCCAAGUUCAUUCUCAGCCCCCCCCCCACCAUUGUUUUAAAGGGCCAAUAGCUGGGAUGCUAUUAACAUAAUGAUUGAAAGCUCUAGGGCCCUGGGUGGGAGGGGAGGGGUCAGGCUUGUCCCCCAGCACUAGCAGCGACUACAGAGUCUCCUCUUCAAAGUCUGAGGGGGCCUUGCCCCCACGGUGCACUCUGAGAUCCAAGUGCCUGCACUUCCAGUCCAGUCCAGUCCGUCGAUCAAGCACCAGUAGCUGCGGCUCUACAUCUGUGUCCAGGACCGAGACGAAGAGGCAAAGAAGCCGUCCCAUCAGAGAGGGAAGCUCUGGGUCCUACCUUCGGCUACAGCCAGCCGAGUCAAGCUGGGCAUGUUUAACCACGAGGGGCUACCUCCAGGCAGCUUCAGCCUGGGCCAGGGCAUGACGCCCGAUGGGCCCUCCCACUACGGUAAAGGUGGCUACGUCGGGGGAAGCGCUCCCAGACCAUCCCAGCCCCAGCCGCCGGCCCAGACCUUCUUUACCUUCCCUUCAGCAGUGAAGAGUGAGUACAGCUUGGAGGGACCCUCGACCCCUGACUCCAGCCAGACCAAGGGGUGGUAUGCCUUCUCAGCACCCCCACCCCCAGCUGAAGCCGGGCAGGUCAGUGCCUCCCACAACCUUCACCUCAUGCCACCCAAAGAGGAAGACUCAUCCUGCUCUUCCCCUUCCUCAUCAUCCUCUGGGGCUCCUGAGCGGGACCUCAGGGAGACCAUCGUUCCCGAAGCUAAGUACUGCGCCCAUCCGGGCCCAGCCUACUACGCGCCUGCCUGGACGGGGCCCUUCUGGCCGGGCCUGGGUAGUAGUGGCUCAGUUCCCACUGGGGCUCUGCCAGGUCCCCCUCUCCCUCCUCACCCUCUCCAGGCUCUGGGGACCUUUCCGGGCCCCAGGCCCCUUUACCCAGCCCCUCUCCAGCAGCCCCAGCCAGGGCUGGGCAGCAGCAGCAGCAGCAGCAGCAGCAUUGUUAGCAGCAGUAAUGUCAGUAGCAGCGUCAGCAGCACCAGCGGUUCAAGCGGGGCAGCCAGUGAGGAGGGCAUCCCAUCUAGCGACAGCGGAGAGGAGGACACCCCAACCUCCGAGGAACUGGAGCUGUUUGCCAAAGAACUGAAACACAAGCGAAUUUCCCUGGGUUUCACUCAGGCUGAUGUGGGCAUGGCCUUGGGCACACUGUAUGGGAAGAUGUUCAGUCAGACAACCAUCUGCCGGUUUGAAGCUCUGCAACUGAGCUUUAAGAAUAUGUGCAAAUUGAAACCACUACUUCAGAGGUGGCUGCAAGCCGUUGAGAACACGGACAACCCUCAGGAGGUGGUUCGAGUCUGGUUCUGUAACCGAAGGCAGAAGGGUAAGCGGCUUCUUCUGCCCUAUGGGGAAGAUGGAGAAGCAUUGCCUUAUGAGCUGGCCCCAGGCACUGCCCUUGUCUUGCCAACGGCUGCUGUACCCCAGAACUAUGCAGCACCCCCGCCACCUGUGCCCCCUGCCCUCUAUAUGUCUACCUUUCCUAAGGGUGAGCCCUGCCUCCCAGGCAUGCCCAUGCCUAAUGGGGGCAUCUGAGCCAGGAUCAGCAUUAUAGGAACUAGGGGCUCAGGAUGCCUCUUGCUUCCCCCCUCCUUCACUUGCCCUAUCCUGUUGACUGGCCAUUGUCUGAGAUACAAUGGUCAGGCCUUUUCCUAACCCUAGAUUCUCUUUCUGCCCCUCCAUUGCCCGUAUCUAGGUUUUUUUGGGCAUCUGAAAAACUAUUCAGGUCUUUGUUUCUCCCCCGUCUUUCACCUCACACUCCCAAACUUGUGAUGGGUUUGGGAGGCAGUUUGGAAAUAAAAGUUGGGUGGUAACUGA